ACCAUUGCUUGCCUUCCUGAAUGGUUUCUGCAGGUGGAACAGGAGUUCCUCCUACGCCAUGUCACCUCUCCGACCACCAAAUAUCGGAUACUGGUCACCAACCUUUCGCCUGAACUCCUGCUCUCCGUCAGUUCGACACAGUAGCAACAGCAUCCUCCCUCUGGCUUUAGUGGCGGUCUCCAUUUGGGAUAUUGAUGGUGGUAAAGGCGGCGGCCUGUUUGUUUGGAAACCAGAAACCCGAAUUCUGGACUCGGACUUUGAGCUGUUAACAUCUGGUUCACCCCCGAAGAAGAUUUGUGCUAGUCGAAACGAUUACAGCGGAAUAUAUAACGCGAUAAACAUGAAUCCGAACAAGGGCGAGAAUAACCGUGGACUACUUUCGUCAGUAACGCCCGUGGCAUCGGCCCUUUACAGGAGGCGCACUUCUUCUAAAGCUGGAUCGCCACACAAGCUACUAAAAACUCCACCUAAACCAUUGACCAAGUUUAUUUUGGACGGCACCACUAUUAGCGACGGCGAUAUGUCAACGGAACAAAAUCAAAACUCCCCAGUCGGGGAAGGAAGACCAGGCGGAACGAAAAGAACAUCAAUUAGACCCGAUGUGACGAUAAGGAGUAUAUUAUCAGCAGAACCGGACCGUCCAAUCGGUAGCCAUCGUACAUCAUCACAGAGUGAAUGCGAAACGAUUCACCCACUCGGGAAGAUUAACUCUCCAACCGACGCCGACGACAGUGAGAGAGAAUCCAAGUCCAACAACUCACCAACGGAUUCUUUGUGCUUAUCUAAAGAGAUAGAAGAAACCCUAACAGGAAUAGAGAAUCGGGUAGAGACGGAUAGAGGUGGAAGGGCCGAGUUUGAGGCGGAUAGACAUGUAAGAUCCCGCCGUACAUUUGUACCAGGACCGGACCAGUUGAACGGAUUAGCAGAGCUAACGUUUGACGACAUCUAUAUAUCAGAGGAGGACGACGACGACGACGACGACCAUGAAACUAAUCACCCACUAGAGAUGGCGAAUUCUAUAACUCGGGUAGAGACGGAUAGAGGUGGAAGGGUCGAGUUUGAGGCGAAUAGACGUGUAAGAUCCCGCCGUACCUUUGUACCAGGACCGGACCAGUUGAACGGAUUAGCAGAGCUAACGUUUGACGACAU